UGGAUUAUGGAGCUUGACCCAUGCUGAGUUUUCAGUUCAUAACAACAAUCAGUACAGACUGGAAUGUUUUAAAUAGAAACAGGGCUUGUCAGGUAUUUGACAGUUUGUCUCUGUGCCUGAAUGAGUCGAUAAACAUUUUACACUUUGACUUAGAAGGCAGGCGGACAGGAUUGUUUUGGCUUUUUCAUGUCAUCUUAUAACUAAACGCUGCAUGUAAUCCUCCUUAUAAUAUUUUACACAAUGGCUGAUAUCUCACAAGAAAUAAUCAGAUGUUAUUUCACAUGACUGCUGGCGACGUGGCUUUUAGGUGUUUUUUUUUUCCCCUUGCUGUCAGACAACAAACCCGCCUUUGACCAAACCCGCCAACCAUCGUACUGAUAGGAGGAUAAAACUAGGAAGUGGCGUUCAUGGAAGAAGCGCCCGUUGUAUUAUUCAUACAGGAAUAGAAACUAGACAUGAAUAUCUGAAUUUUACCCAGAGAGACAUGUUUACUGCUCAAUCCACUGAUUCCUCAAUAUGCCGCAACGGAAGCAACGGAUUUGCACAGAUGUCACGACGAAGAAUUCCAAAAUUAGCCUGAAGAUUAGUUCCUCUGAAGCAGAGAACCUAAGAUGUACUGCAUUGGAAAAUCCCUCAUACAGGAUAUUAUAGUGAAUUCAGAUCUCUCACCAUCAGAAAUUGUCUAACCAGCCAAUCUUGUGGUAUAAUAUAAUAAAAUAUCAUGAGCUUUGUCCACAAAUGAAAGAGCAUAACAUGGACCCAGAACUCUUAAUACAGCAAUUCUGUUUAAUACUGGAUAUGACAAGUAAUGACGUUUUGGAGCAGAAUGCCCAGAAGAGGACUGGUUUCAGUGGGAUAUAAAUUUGCUGUAUGUGCAAGCAGAUGAAUUGAGACAAGCAGUGAGAAGCACUUAUGAACUGUGGAGAGGAAACAUUUUUGGAUUUUUUUUCCAAGAAAAACCCAGCACUUUAAAGAUGGUGUUUAGUUUGGAGCAGAUAUUUAUUUUUGCUGCUAUUUUCCUCCUGAACAUUGAUCUAUGUUUUUGUGCUUGUGCUCGAGCAGAGUAUGAGAUCAAUAAAGAAUGUUGCCCCAUGUGUGCACCUGGAAGCCAUGUUUAUAGGCAUUGCACAGAAUUUGUCAGCACAACUUGUGUGCCGUGUGUUGACUCUUUCACUUCUGAGCCAAAUGGUCUUCAACAAUGCUUUAGCUGUGCAGUGUGUGAUUCUGGGCAAGGCUUACAAGUAAAAACUGCCUGCACAAGAUUUUCAGAUACAGUGUGUGAGCCAUUAGAGGGAUUGUACUGUACUAAUUAUGAGAAAGGUAGUUGUACACAGGCUGUGGAACACACACAAUGUAGCCCUGGCCAAUAUAUAAAGCAGAAAGGAACAGCACAUGAUGAUGCGAAAUGUGCUGAAUGUAAAAAUGGUACCUACUCUGAUGGCUCAUUUGAAAUGUGCAAACAACAUACAAAGUGUGAAGAUUUAGGACUUAAAGAAAUUAAACCAGGAACAAUGAUAUCUGAUGUUGAGUGUGGAAAUAAAACCAAUUUAAUUCAAGUGGCCCUUAUAGUUGGAAUAAUCGUUUUCAUUGCAGUUGUGGCUGUUGUAGUAGUCCUUUUUUUCAAAAUUAGACAUAAGAUUAGCCGAUGUUCAGUUCGGAAUGCUGAGAAGGAACGAGGUACAAAAACUGAACUUAAAACACUCACUCCAUAGACAGUAUAUCUAUAAUAAAAGGGAACUUACAGAACAGAAGAUCAGGACACUGAACUCGCUGUCCUCUAUGGGGAUCUAGACAUCAGAGUCGUAAUAAAGGCAGAAAAAUGCAAUGCCAAAGCCUUCUUUUAGGGACUGGAAUGGACUUGGUGAAUGGCUGCAUUACUGCUGGACGUCACUGCAUUCAUCUGAAACUGGUGUCUGAUCAGAAGAGUCACUUCCUUGUAUGAAGACCCGCCUCUUCAAUAAUCACUUAAUCAAGAACUUAAUCUACACUACUACAUAAAAAAAGAUGAACCCAUUACUGUAAGGACUCUGCCCGGACUCUGGCCACGUGCACUUGUUUAUGUUUCUCGUCACGUGUCUGCCCCGCCUUCGUCUGCUCCUCCCUGUCAUCACACCUGAUCCUUAUUGUUCUCAUUGUCUUGAGUAUUUAACUGUGCCGCGUUGCUUUGGGCAGCGCGGCAUCUACUGUGGUCUGUCCUGUCUUUAGUCUGCGUCCUGUUCCAUGUUUUCAGUUAUUAAAACCCUGUUUUGAUUUAUGCUAUCCUGCGUUUGGGUCCGCUCUGUUUCGUGUUCAUGACAGAAGAUGCCGCCACAUGAGGACCCAACGGGAUAGCAGCAACCUGGACCGGCCGACUGGGAGUACUUUUUUCCUGUUUGUUUUUUUUUUUUUUCUUUUUUUUUCCCCCUGGACUUGGCGCGUUUGGCGACGUGGGUCCGCAUUUUUUCGGUGAGGGACGCCGCCUCGCUUUCGGUUUUUCCGCGGGGGGCGCCGCCUCACUUCCUGGUUGCGGACCAUGUCGCCAGCCCAAGGUUUGUUCUGUUUUUCAGUGUCCUGUGACAUCGCCCCGCACUUUCCGGUGGGGGGCGUCGCUUCACUUUUGGUUUCCGUGGAGGACGUCGCCCCACUUCCUGUCCGCGGGGGGGUGUCGCAGGACUGCAUUUUUUCCUGUUUUUGGACUUCCCUGUUCUGUGGAGGAUUUAUUUUUCUCCUCCCUCCCUCCCUGCCUCCCUCCCUCCCUUUCCUGGACUCCGGGGGUGGAUCUGGCCGGGGUGCAUCGGGGGGACGUCGCUCGGCCCUUCAGCUCGGCUGGGGACGUCGCUCGGCCCUCUCUGGCUUGCGCCGCCGUGUGCCUUGCUCCCCCCACCUGCCUCGCCGUGUGCCUUGCUCCCCCCACCUGCCUCGCCGUGUGCCUUGCUCCCCCCUCCCGGACCCGUCGGGACUGCCUGGACGGAUUGGCGCGUCGGGAGCCGCGCCUGGGGGGGGGCUCUGUAAGGACUCUGCCCGGACUCUGGCCACGUGCACUUGUUUAUGUUUCUCGUCACGUGUCUGCCCCGCCUUCGUCUGCUCCUCCCUGUCAUCACACCUGAUCCUUAUUGUUCUCAUUGUCUUGUGUAUUUAACUGUGCCGCGUUGCUUUGGGCAGCGCGGCAUCUACUGUGGUCUGUCCUGUCUUUAGUCUGCGUCCUGUUCCAUGUUUUCAGUUAUUAAAACCCUGUUUUGAUUUAUGUUA